AGUAGUUGGAGAAAGAGAGAGGGAGAGCGAGAGCAAGGGCUGGAGAAAUGCGUGGAUCUUCAUCUCUCCUCCCCCUUCCUCUUCUCGUCUCUCUCUCUCUCUCUCUCUCUCUCUCUCUCUCAUAUAUUGAAAUUGGUUGGGGUCGAACAUGAUCACAGAACUCUGUCUCCUGAGCUGCACAUAGACGGGCACCUCUCACUACCCGAGCAUUUGAAACAAAAUAGGCUAAAUAAACGAGAGGAACACUCAGCCCCGAGUAGGGAUUAAAAGAAGAGAGGAAUAUUCACUCUAUUACUGAGCCCUCAAAAGAUAUCGUUCGCUUGCUCUUGCUUAACGCCUUGCAUACAGAGAGUAUUUUUAAUCUAUGCAUGUAAUAUGUAUACGCACAUUAUAAUGCGCGCUAGCAUUGGAUUAGUAGGUUUCUGCCUGGUUGCCUUUGUCCAACAGCCAGCUCGCGCGUUGGGAAGCAAAUCUUCUCAAGAUGUGGACGAGUGCGCUGAAGCGCUGGAUAACUGCAGCAUCGACGCCAUCUGCCAGAACACCCUGAAGUCGUACAAAUGCAUCUGCAAGUCGGGCUACACGGGCGACGGCAAGCGCUGCGGAGACAUCGACGAAUGUGAGAGUGAGUACAACGGGGGCUGCGUGCACGAGUGCAUCAACAUCCCGGGGAACUACAGGUGCACCUGCUACGACGGCUUCCGCCUGGCGCACGACGGCCACAACUGCCUGGACGUGGACGAGUGUUCGGAGGGGAACGGCGGAUGUCAACAGAUAUGCGUCAACAUGAUGGGCAGCUACGAGUGCCGUUGCCGAGAGGGCUUCUUCCUGAGUGACAACCAGCACACCUGCAUCCAGAGGCCAAAAGAAGGACUGAAGUGCAUGGAUAAGAACCAUGGCUGUGCUCACAUCUGCAGAGAAACACCCAAAGGAGGCAUUGCUUGUGAGUGCAGGCCAGGGUUCCAGCUCACCAAGAACAUGAGGGACUGCAAGUUGACGUGUAACUAUGGCAACGGGGGUUGCCAGCACACCUGCGAGGACACGGAGCAGGGGCCCAAGUGCGGCUGCCACAUGAAGUUCGCCUUGCAUUCUGACGGAAAGACAUGUGUAGGGGAAAGGAGUGUCCAGCAGCAGGCAGUCCCACAGCUGUUACCCAAUGAGACGUGUGCUGUGAAUAAUGGCGGCUGUGACAGCACCUGCCAUGACGCGGUGACUGGAGUGCGCUGCAGCUGCCCCGUGGGCUUCACCCUGCAGCCGGACCGCAAGACCUGCAAAGACAUCGACGAGUGUCGCCUGAACAACGGGGGGUGUGACCAUGUGUGCCGGAACACGGUGGGCAGCUUCGAGUGCAGCUGCAAGAAGGGCUACAAGCUGUUGACCAAUGAGAGGACCUGCCAAGAUAUUGACGAGUGCUCCUUUGACCGAGCCUGUGACCACUCUUGCGUCAACUCCCCCGGCAGCUUCCAGUGUUUCUGCCACAAGGGAUAUGUCCUGUAUGGCCUGGCACACUGUGGAGAUAUUGAUGAGUGCAGUAUUAACCGUGGGGGUUGUAAGUUUGGCUGUAUCAACACGCUGGGUAGCUACGAUUGUACCUGUCCACCUGGAUACAAACUCCACUGGAACAGAAAGGACUGUGUCGAGCUGGUGAAAUGUGUCUCCAGUUUAGUAUCUCCCAAGGCAACACUGACCUGUAGCAAAAAUGGAAAAAGAGAGAGCUGCUCUCUCACUUGCGCAUCCAAAGCUCACUAUCUGGCAGAGUCUGAUAACAGCUAUACAGUGAGCUGUGGAAUCCCAGUACUGCGAGGGAAAACACCUGCCAGACUCAACUCCAGCUACAGCCAUAGCUGCAUAGAGACUCUGGCCCCUCCAGUGAAGCAGACCACCUCCUUCAAGAUCAAAGACGCAAAGUGCCACCUGCACCCCAAGCUGAAGGGCCGGGUGGACGAGGGGGGGCGCACGCUCGGGCCAGGAGGCGGGCAGCCCUGCAGCAACUGCCUGGUCACCUUCGUCAACCUCAAGUGCGACUCCUCCAAGAAGACCAAAGGUCGGCGCGCCCGCAACCCGGCCAGCAAGGAGGUGACCCGCAUCACGCUGGAGCUGGAGGCCGAGGUGAAGCCGGGGGACACCACAGGAAGCUGCAACCUCAGCUGCCUGAGGCAGCGCAUGGAGAAGCAGGUCAAGUUGUACAUCAAGGCCCUGAAGAAGUCCAUCAACCAGGAGCGGUUCCUGAUCCGCGUGGCGGGGCUGGAGUACGAGGUGGCUCAGAAGCUGCCGCAGGCGGGCGACAGGCAGGAGAACUGCGGCCCGGGCCGGGAGAAGGACAGCGGCCGCUGUGUCAGAUGUUUGCCCGGGUCCUACUACCACGGUGAGCAGGAGCGCUGCAUCCAGUGCCCGCCUGGCACCUUCCAGGAGAAGGAGGGGCAGUUGGCCUGUGACCUGUGCCCCGGCAGCGACGGGCACGGCCCUGUCGGUGCCCGCAACAUCACAUCCUGUGCAGGCCAGUGCCCGACGGGGUACUACUCCAGUGACGGGUUUAAGCCCUGCCAGCCGUGCCCGCAGGGCUCCUACCAGCCUGACCCAGGCCGAACGCUCUGCUUCCCCUGUGGAGGGGGGCUGAGCACCAAACGCGAAGGGGCCAGCUCCUUCCACGACUGUGAGGCCAAAGUCCAGUGCUCUCCUGGGCAUUACUACAACACCACGGUUCAUCGGUGCAUUCGCUGCCCUCUCGGCACAUACCAGACUGAGUUCCGGCAGAACUACUGCAUCUCCUGCCCUGGCAACACCACUACCGACUUCGAUGGAGCCACCUCUGUCUCCCAGUGCAAGAAUAGGGAGUGUGGGGGAGAGAUGGGCGAGUUUACUGGCUAUAUUGAGUCGCCCAACUAUCCAGGAAACUACCCCGCCAACGUGGAAUGCACCUGGAACAUCAACCCCCCGCCAAAACGCAAGAUUCUCAUCGUAGUGCCCGAGAUAUUCCUGCCCUCAGAGGAUGAGUGUGGAGACGUACUGGUCAUGAGGAAGAACUGGUCGGCCAGCUCCAUCACCACGUACGAGACGUGCCAGACGUACGAGCGGCCCAUCGCCUUCACCGCCCGCUCCCGCCGCCUCUGGAUCAACUUCAAAUCCAACGAGGCCAACAGCGCCCGCGGCUUCCAGAUCCCAUACGUCACCUACGACGAGGACUAUGAACAGCUGGUGGAAAACAUUGUGAGGGAUGGAAGACUCUACGCCUCUGAAAAUCACCAAGAAAUCCUCAAAGACAAAAAGUUGAUAAAGACCCUGUUCGAUGUGCUGGCCCACCCGCUCAACUACUUCAAAUACACGACCAGGGAGUCCAACGAGAUGCUGCCCCGCUCCUUCAUACGCCUCAUCAGCAGCAAAGUCUCAGAAUUCCUGCGGCCAUACAAGUAGUCCCCGGGCCCCGCCCUCCCCCAACGCCACCAGGCCCCGCCCCAUACCUGCAGGGCUCCUAGCAACAAGACAACACGGAACUUUUACUUUCUCCAGCGGCUUUGAAAACAUACUUCACUAUGCAGACUUUCAUGUUUGGCUUUGUUUUUUGUUUUUUUCCUCCCGCUCCUCCCUCCCUCCAAUCUGCCACUCACAGCAGAGCUUUACCCAUCAAAAUCACGUCACACGUAGACUUGGUUAGACUUUUGCGUCCCGUAUGAAUAUUUGUGUUUAUAUGUUGUUUGUCUGUUUGUUUUUGUUUUCAUUAUUUUUCCUUCCUGAAAAGAAAACCCCCCCACUGAGCAUUUGGCUGCUAUUCGCAGAUGGGUCCACUGUCCCAAUAAUCUCUUAUUACAGUAAUAAGGGAAUAUUAAACAUUUCAAAAGAAAUGUCUUGCUUAGCCAGGGUGAGGGAGAAGCAAAGUGCUUUUCUUUUCAUUGAACAUUUAGGAAUACUUUGCCAACCAAGCAGUGAUGAAUUAUUAUGAAUUAUGAAUAUUAAGAGAUGAAUGUAGUGGCCAUUUGGUAAGCCCUAUGAAUGGGAUCUACACCUGGCAAGUGAGAACAGGCCUCCCUAAAAGAGUGGCUUAUUAUGGAUAUACAGCCACCAGUUUGGGCCCAGCUCCAGCUCUUACCAAAUCCCAACUCAUUUAUCCUUUAAUAAUUUUAUAACAUUCUAUGACCUCUACCAUUCUCUCCUAAAGUAGGGUCUUUUUUUCAUUUCAUAGCAUUCAAAGCCAAAUGUUACGAGCUCUUAGAGCAAUUUUCUUAUUAAGAUAUUGCUGUUAAAACAGUUGAUUUUUUGUAUCUGUUCGGUUCGUUUGUGUUGUAUUAUUGUCUGUUGCUUACUUUUAGAACAAUUAUUUUAUAUUCCAAUUAACUAACUUAUCAAAGCGAAAAAAUAUAGGAUUGUUUUUUUUUUUUGUUUGUUUUUUUUCGAACAUAAAAUGAGAAAAUCUUUGGGAAAAGAAAACAGAGCUGUAUGUGUGGGAGCAGUGCUGUCAUAGCACUCCACACUGUGAAAGAGGCCGAGAGACGUCUUUGCUGCUCGCUCCGAAAGGUCACUUUAAAACUUCGAUCUCGUCUUUUGACCUUGCGUUUUAGCCUCCUUCCCUCAGGAGGACCCCCCCCCCCCCCUGCUUCUUCACGAGGAAAAAAGCAUCGUUGUUAUAAAAGGUUGCAUUUAAAGUGGCGAUUAAAGGAUAGACCGGAUUCUGGCACGCGUACGCAGGUCAGUUACCGAGGACGGUCAAGCUACUAUCCCAGGACCGUACUAACGAGUUUAUUUUGCGUGCUGAGAAAGGAAACUCUUUCUAUGGUAAACCGGUUUCGUUGUUUUCAGUGAAUGUUGUAAUUGACGAACGGACUUAGACGAGGAUUGUGCCCGAGGGUCGACUUCCCCGGAGCACGACCCUAAACUACGUACUGCCCUCCUUGCCCCCCUCACUCCCUAAUUCCAAAGACAUAACUUCUCCCCUUCCCUAUAUCUCAAAAAUAGUCUGUCCCGUUAAAACCAGCUCUUCCAAAGACUGCCCCCAAUGGCAGGACAAAUGAUUAUCUUGUGCACUAGAUCAAGACUUGUCACCCUACCUUUGUUGUAUGUGCAAUGAAUUUAGUCUCCAUAUGUCCUUUUCUGUGCAUAAAAAA